AUGGCCACCAAAUGCGCUGCGUCAUCAACGCUGGCCUUGCCUACCGUUCUGCGCAAUGUUUUCCGCUCUCAGUUCACCAGUAACUUGGGCGCUUCUUCAAUAAACCCCUAUCACCAACCUCUUGCCCAUGCUCCUCUUUUCUCUUCAAAUUCCCAGCUUCAACGAUCCUUCAGUUCAAUACCGCGCUUGCAUACUUCCCAGAAUGAUCAACCAGCGCCCGCAGCCCCUGAAACUCCGGCCGUCGCUGAUGAUACCGUGCCUUCUCAACACAAAACACCAGAGAAGAAGGAUUACGACUUAUUCGGCAAGAAAGGCGGAUGGAAUACCCAUAAAGGUCACCCUACGGACCAGCGAAGGAGCCCAGAAAAUAGCAAGGGAAGAACCGACAGAGAGCGCAGAACUUUCCGCAACGAGACUCGCAGGGCGGCCGACAAGGAGCCCCGCAAACACUGGCAAGAUAGAGCCGAAAAAGGGAAACAGUUCUCAGAGCAAAGGGGAAAGAGAAAGCCUGAGGCGUGGCAAGUGCAAAAAGCUGCUUUGAAGGACAAGUUCGCCGGUGGUUGGAACCCACCCAAGAAGCUUUCACCUGAUGCCCUCGAUGGAAUCCGUCAUCUUCAUGCCAAGGCUCCCGAACAAUUCACGACCGCAGUCCUUGCGGAGGAGUUUGAGAUAUCCCCGGAAGCUAUUCGCCGAAUUCUGAAGAGCAAAUGGCGCCCAUCGGAGGACGAGAUGGAGAGUCGACGCAAGCGAUGGGAGAACCGACACGAUAGAAUCUGGAGUCGUAUGGCUGAGCUUGGUCUUCGCCCUUCGAAUAAUCGCACGCGGCCCCUUGCAGACUUCCAUGUACUGUAUGAUGACAAAAAUCGCGAGCGAAGAUAG